CUUGCAAAUCUUCAAUUCAAAAACUGCCCGGCUGCUUUUGCUUUUUCACGAGUCCUCCGAGUCUUCUAACCGUCUCCAAGUAAGUUUCUUUCUUUCCUUUUCUGAGUCAUGUCAGACCGUGAGGAUAGCCAGAACCCUUCCGUUCACUCUUACGGUUCUGGUGGCCGGUCUCCAACAUUUGGUUCCUCUUCCUCUUCCGACUCUGAGCACCCGGCUACUUCUCCACAGAAGAAGCCGAUUGAUGCUUCCACUUGCGCUCCUUCUUCUUCCGUGGCGCAAGUGGUGUCGGUUGCCCAACCCGGGGAUGAGGGUUUUAUUCAGCUGGACGACCGGUUGCUCCAAACGCAAUCGUCGGUCAUGCAGAAGGCCCAAAUCCACGAGGUGCGCAACCUGAUGCCGGACGGGUACCAAUUGACCUACCGGGCAACGUGGAAGAGCAUUAUUCCUCUCCACGUCAGUACGUCGAUUGGUAUCCAUUACCAUUCGAUCAAGGACUUGGGUGAAUUCUCUAUUCAUCCAUUCAAAGUCCUUUUCCUUGAAACAUACGGUAUCAUGCCCGGGCAGCUGGCCCCUAAUGGUCACCGUUUGUUGGGCAGUUUCAUUAAUGAAACCCUUGGAUUCGUGGUGGUGUCUUCCCACCAAGGCCGGGCAUUCCUCUGCGGCCUUCCACCUUCUAACAAGAAGUGGAAGGACAAAUAUGUUUGUAUCAAAUUCCCUCCGGCUGCUUUCCCCUUUGCCCAAAAUGUCUGGGGGAAGAGAAUGAAGCGCCAGGUCAAACCUGCGGAAGCCGACGACCUGGUUGCCUGGGAAGCCACCCUCAAGGCCGGGGACGCCUCCACCCGCGGUCUUUAUCACGUCGGGAAGUGGAGUGUCUACCCCGGCCGGGAGACUGAUCCUGACCCGGAGAUUAUCCUGCCCGGGGCCAUCCCCGAAGAUAUCCCCUUCACGCCCGGCGAAGAAGAAGAAGGAGAAAGUGGUAAAGUUUCAGUCCAAGCCGGCCACGCGGGUCAACCCAACGUGGAUGGCGAAGGCGAGGAAGAGGCUGCUGGAGAGUCCCUUCAGCGGAAGACGCGGAAAACCGAGGAGGUUAACCAGCCAUCCCAUCGGGGGCCCCAGUCCUCCGAUGCUGGCAAGGGACCCCUCGUGCCUCGAUCUGUGGCCCUGAUGUCCCGGUCGGACGAAGAGCUUUUCCAAGCUUUUCGUACCGACUUGAAUGAGGUCGGUCGGAUUGGUGAGGAGUACUUCGCCCGGCUGGUGAAGUCCAAAGAAGAGGAGAAGGCACGGCUAGAGGCCAUGAUGGUUGAAUGUCGGAAGGAAGCCCAAGCUGCCCAAGCUAAGGUAGAGAAGAUAGAGGCAAAGUGGACGGAGCAUUGCACGAUCUACCGCCAGCUCUAUGCCAAGCACGAUGGUCUCCUCAAGGCUGCAAAAGAGGCCGACGAGCAGGCUCAGGCUAGGAUCCAGCAACUGGAGGCUGAGAACGCCCGGGCUGCCGAGGAGGUCCAGAAGCUGGGGGCCGAGAACGCCCGAUCUGCGGAGGAGAUUGCUCGGCUUGGAGACGAGCUGGCAAAGGAGCGGGCGGAGCGUGCUGCCCUUGCCGCUGCUUGGGCUGUUCAAGAGCCUGAGGAGUUUGCCGCUCAGGCGCUACCUGACCGGGAGACAGCCAUCCGCUUCUUCCAAGGGCUAUACAAGCACAAAGUGUCGGCCGGGAUCGUGGAUGAGACCGACACCUUUGGCUUCGAAAGCGGUCAGUACACAGAACGGCGGGCCCUCUAUGGCAUCCUUGAGCAGAAGAUCCAAAGUUUCCGACCCAAGGCCCUUUCUCUGCCCGAGCUACAUGAUGAGGAGUCGGUCCCCCCAUUCCCGGGCAUUUGAUUCAUCCGGCCUUCUCUUUUUUUUUUUAUUUUCUGAUGUAAGGAUUUGCCUCCGGGCACUCUUUUGUAAGACGCUUAAAUAUUAAUGUUAAUGGAAGAUUUUUCAACAUCGUGUGCUGUGUGCUUCAUUCCCUGUAUUCUUCAACUUAAUAUUUCUAACCGCUUAGAUUAGUAAAUAAUAGCACGGCUGUAUU